AUGCCAGCGUCAUGCGCCCAUGAUCAAUCAUCCCGCCGAGUUGAUGAGCUUGGUCUCCUCCCCCUAUCCCUCCAUGCGAUGGUCUAUGGAUGCCAUAUGUCCCCUCGAGCAAUCGGGAAGACGACGCGUAAAACAUCUACUGGUCAUAUCAGUCAGUCAAUUACCGGGGAUCACGUGAAAGAUUUCCUCUGGAAACACGUGGUAUGCCGUCACGGUAUCCCUUAUGAGAUCGUAACCGACAACGGGACUAACUUAAUGUCAUCUGUAGUGCAAAAGCUUUGCGAUGACUGGGGUAUCCGGCUUACCCCGUCUACACCCCAAUACCCUCAGGGAAACGGGCAAGCCGAGGCGGCAAAUAAGCUGAUCCUACAUGGUCUUAAGCGACAGCUAGGCGCUGCGAAGUCUGGCUGGGACGCUCAGCUUCCCGGAGUGCUGUGGGCCACCAAACUACCCCUCGAGGUAGUACAUGCUAUAAACGACGAGGCGUUGCUCGAUAACCUCACCAUUAUUGACGAAAAAAGAGAGCAGGCCCUAGUGCGAGCCCAAAACUAUCAUAACUCUAUAGCCCGGUUUUAUAACUCAAAAGUCCGACUCUGGAACUUCAUAAUCGGAGAGCGCGUACUCCGUAAAGUCUUCGAUCACAAGAAGGAGAAAAACGCCGGGAAGAUGGGCACGAAGUGGGAAGGUGCGUACAGGAUCACUGAGAUCGUUCGCAACGGCGUAUACCACCUGGUUGAUGAAAGUAACGGAAAGGCCGAGCCCCGACCUUGGAAUAUCAUGAAUUUAAAGAAGUACUUCUAG